CAACCUGCAGGAUCUGCCGGUACACAUGUCAGAGUGGACCAAAGAAAACGUGAAACGCUGGCUUCUGAGCAUCGGCAUACCGGACCCGGUUGCCAACAAGUUUUAUGAUGGAGACGUUCAUGGAAAGGUUUUGGAAAUAUACAGGAAGGAGCAUCUUAUGGAAGACUUUAACGUGGCAAUAGGUAACGCGAGACUUAUCUUACAUCAUCGAGAUAAGUGGUUAGAUUUGGAAAAGCAAACCUUGACCACUCCGUCAAGUGGCAAAUCGGUGUUAGUGGCACCAGCAGCUGUAAGUCCAGACCAUUCUGAAAGGUUGUCACCAGAUGCUGUCGAAGAAUCGGUACGAACAGGAUUGGAAGGGACACUUCAACCAGCAGUGCGACCCAAAAUACCGAUGUCUCACCCGGCUGUCAAAAAGUCAACAAGGAAAAAGAAACCAACCCAGACAGAUAAGGAACCACAUGCACCAUAUGUCGAAAAGAGUAAAAGUGAAGACAGUACCGAGAAAGACGUAAUCGUUUCUCCUCGUCAAAGAAUCAAAACAUCUCCAGCCCCAUCAUCCACAGGAAAAAGUGAGUGCGAUAGCGACCACGAUGACACAGAUUUGCUAGUUGUAAGGAAAACUCCUGCAUCACUCGAGGUAGCACCGUUUCAGAUAUCUCAUGGAACACCCCAAAAUGACGUCCCAAAAAACAAAUCAAGUGUAGACUUUCCUCAAAGUCCUCGUCCUCCUAAACCUCGGCCAGCCUUGCAACCCAGCAACGAAGAAGGACAGGCAUUGAUGCAAGUGGAAGGCAAAAGCGAGUCCGUUACCAAGAUAAAACCUCCGACAUCCGCAGACAAAACGUCGCAAGAUACACAGACCAACGAGGCCAGACUUCGCACGUUACUAACGGGUGAUGACCGUGGAGAUCUGGACCAGUUGUCUUAUCCAUUACUGGUUGCAAAUAAAACUCCCACUCUCUCUCCUGCAUGUUCUAGAAUCGACUACAUUCGCCAGCGAUUUGGAUUCAUCAAAACCAUUAGAUGGACAACCGCCUUGGAUUUUGAUUCAGAUUCUCUAUCGGAUGGGCUGUGUAAGCUGUACCAUGAUGAUAGGAUGGUCACUUUGCAGCAACCAGACCUGUUCAGGGACAUCGAGUCAGAGGAAGAUCUAAGAAACAAGAUAAGAUUUCCUGAAAAAACACUUUGGCUGUUCGCGAAUGGUCGAGAAGACCACCCAAGUAUCCACACCCCUCACAUGGAUCUACAGGAAUGGAACAAAGAACGCAGUCGAGAUGUUGAGGCAUCAAUCAGUUUCUUUGCUCAGCCUUCAGUCAUACCAAAGGGGCGUGCUUCCAUUGUGUUCCUUCUCAUGUCCAAUGAUGAUCUUGGAAUCAUCUGCGACAUUUUCCGAAAAAUUGCUUCGUCUUUUAAAGGCUUAGACAACAUCACCUGUAUCGCUGAAGAUGAGAAUGUUUACUCGCAGUUUGCAAAGGGUGUAGAGAAGUGGUUCACCAAAUCUGAGUUAGACGAGAGGAGUUUGGUUGGACUGGAAUGGCAAGAAAUCGACCGCAUCAUAAUGCGAAUGAGUGGUGUGAAUCAGAUCAAUGCAAGCCAACUCCCUACCAGCACGCCAGGAAAAUGUUUCCUUUCUGAGAAACAAAAAGACGAAUGGGAUGACAUAACUGUUGUUUGCAAAAACGAAUGCGAAAACACCGACAUGGACGAAUCCAGUCAGGGCUACCAAAAAUUUGCGGGGGAAAAAGAAUUGAACUUUUAUCGUGGUGAGCAGGCUGAUUGGUGGAAUUUUGCCAUUGGUGAAAGAGAGGAACAGAUUCACAAAUCCUGUGGUCAUGUACUGAAACGAAAAGGGUUUGGGGAAGUUCUUAAGAAAGUCAAAAAGCCAUUGGAGAGUUCCAAGGUUGAAGACAGCUUAAUUGUCACUGUAACACUUCUGCAUCAACCAGGUGCGGGAGGCAGCACUUUGGCUCGUCAUGUGUUGUGGCAACUUCACAAAGAUGUUCGCUGCAUUGUAGUCAAUAGGAUAACCAGCAAUACGGUCAAUCAAGUAAUGGAAGCAAGAAAGUAUGGAUAUACAAAGGAAAAGGCAGGAAAGAUUCCUCCAGUAUGUGUGCUUAUCGAUAAUUUUGAUGACUUGGAAGUGUUAGAUUUAAUUGGAGAUUUAGAGGAGGCGUCAAAGGGUAUCCAUUUGGAUGGUGGAGCAGUCUGCGUCCUUCUCCAUUGCAAGCGAAAUAUGGACCCCUAUCAGAUGAUUCAAGAGCUAAGCAGAAACCAGGACCUGUAUAUUCCGUUGACACAUAAGUUGUACCCGAAGGAAAAGGAAUGGUUCCAGAAAAAGUACAGUGAAUUGGAACGUAAAGAAAGUGAGUUCAACACAGGUGAUUACAAUCCCGACAAUCUCCUUGCCUUCAUGGUAAUGAAAGAAGAAUUCAACAAGGAAUAUAUAAAGAGGGUUGUUUCGGAAAUACUUCAUCACGGUGAUAUUAAAAGUAACGAGAUUAGCCUGAUAAAAUACUGUGCAUUCCUGAACACGUACAUGCACGAAGCUGAAAUCCCAAUCUCAUGCUGCGACGUUCUAAUGGAAACCCAAUUAAAAAGUAGAAAAACAACGUACUUGACCAAAAAACACACCAAAAAUUGGGAGAAGUCGGUUUCAGCCUCUUUCAAGAUUAUUGUGGUAAUGACCGAAAACAGAACAUUAAAGAUAUUCCAUAAGAGCAUAGCAGAAGAAGCUUUACGGCAAACACAAGAAAUGAGUGGGAAUCAAUCAGUGAAAGACGUCGCCCUAGAGUUCCUGAAUAGCGAACUGUUGAGGUCACCGUCCCACAGCAAAAAAGACCUUAAAAACACGGUACACAAUCUUCUUAUCCGUAGAAUACGAUUGGGAUCUGCAGACAACACAAAGACGGACUUUUCGGGUCUUAUUGAAGACGUUUACAAACAGAAGAGCCAGGGACCGGAAAAAGCUGCCAAGAUUCUUGAAACUGGUCUUGACAUACUGAAUGAUGCAUUUAUUGCACAGCACCUUGCAAGACUUUAUCUGAAAGAGGGGAAUUUUCAAAUGGCUCAUGCUUCCAUUGAUAAGGCCUUGGAGAUUAACCCAAAAAAACCUUACUUUUGGGAUACAAAAGGCCGAAUUUCCCAGAAACAUUUGAAAACACUUUCAGCACCGUGUCUGGGAAACCAGCAAGUUCUCGACAAAGACGUUUCUAAGGAAAUUAUUAAUCUUUCAUUUAGUGCAAUUGACGCCUUCCGCAAAUCCUUUGAUUUUUCCAAAGAAACAAUGCAAAUGGAGUUCUCCGCUUUAUAUGCCCAUCUUAAUGUAGCUUUCGAACUGCUUCAUGUCAUAUCUGUGUGUGUUGAGCCAUUCAGAUCAUCUAAAGACGGAAACGCUUUCAAGACGUACCUCUUAAAUUUGAACAAACGUACGGAUGAAUACCCACAGUGGGAUCAAGAGUGUGAUUCCCAAAUUAGAGAACUGAAAAGCAGAGUAGACUCUGCCUUGGAUAUCAUGGAUAACACUUUAACGUAUUAUAAGGAUGGUUCAUCUGCGAAUAUUGUUGGAGAAAAGCUGGAGGAGAUGAGAGAAGAACUGAAUAAGUACUCGAAUAUGUAUGAGAAAUACUACGGAGAACCUGUACCAUUUGAUACAUGCAAUGAAGAGGAUCCUAAAAGCCUUGCUGAACAUCGUCGACGAGUUGUCAUCAAUCUUCACUGUAGCAGAUUCGGUGAUAUAUUUAAUCUGGCUGAGGAAAAUAAACGAAAUCUCGAAAAGUCUCGUCAGCUACUGUUGCAGAAUUCAAGUAAUUAUACUGUUUUUGAUCUGAAGAUAUUGGUGUUCAUUCACCUGGCUCUCUUAUCCAGCGGUAAAGAGUACAUGUCAGCAGACGAAGUUUAUGCAAAAUUUGUUCGUCCAUUAAAUGACGGCGAUCGUGGAAAAACCGAUAACAGAUGGGCGCCUUUUUUGAUGAUGAUGUUUCUGUGGCCAAUUCAAGAUUCGGAAUCAGAAAGAAGAGACAGGGAAGACGUGAUCCAUUAUAUUGAAAAGUUGAAAAUCAGAGCAGAUGGAGGACACAAUGUCAAGGGACUACAGAUGUCACGCCAAGAAAAGUCCAUAGGCCACACCCGAUUUAACAUGAAACCACGAACCCAUUUCUUUUUAGGCCGUGGUCAAGGUCUAAAGGUGUUCGUUCAUAUCAACGAAAUUCUCGCCACACAAAGUAAGCUCGAAAGACGUGAAUUCUGGCAAUCCAGUACAGUCAAGGAUCGAUUGGUUCGAUUGGAGGGAAUCCUUCUAAAUAACACUUCGCUGGUUUACGGCUAUAAGAAAGAUAAGAAGAUCAUCAUAAAGUUGGCUGUUCCAUCCCACAAACACACGCAAAGCCAAGAAAGUGUAACAUUCUACCUUGGAUUCAGCUGGAGUGGUCCAGUGGCUUACAGCGUCACACCCAAGGGCAAAGAAUCUUGUGAUGAUAACGAACCACGGCAUUUUCACAAGGCAUACCCGAAGCACAUUCUGCCCAGAUCCAAGUCAAAGGCGUCAUCAUCCGAUGAUACAUCUCAAAUUGACCGUCUUCAGAAGAAAUGUCAAGAACUGCACAAUGAACUACUAGAACUUCAGGAAUCACUGCGGGAUCGCAAGUUGAAAUCCCUCGAGAAGAAAGAAAUCACACGUAGGAUCACAGCGAAACAACGUGAACUAGAUAGGAAAUCGUCUGAACUCAUGCAUGCUUGGCAAAAGGAAACGUACGACGAUGGAUAAACUAACGGUGGUCUGUCAACUGAAGUCAGUUACCGAACCGCCACAGUAAAGGGCUACGAAGUAUAGUGAAGUUCCA